GGGUGCUGCUGGCAUCACUGCCCUGCAGCCACUUCUCCAACGGCCUCUGCGUGGCGGCUGCAAAGGAGGCUCCUUGCUGCUGCCUGGGGCUCGGGGCCACCCUCCCCAUGGCUCUGCCCUGGGAAACGGCUCUUCCUGGGGGACAGCUGGGGUGGCCCCCACGCUGCACACCCACACCCCAGGCCCUGCUCUGCCUCCCUGCAGGUGCGGCUCCAUCUUCUGGCUGAAGCACCGCGUGCGGCUCAGCGAGCUCUGGGUGCUGUGCAGCGAGGAGGCAGCCGCAGCCAGGCCUGAGGAGGAGGAGGAGGAGGUCUUUGGCCUCAAGUGCAGCCGCACCCUCAUCCUCGUCUGGCCCACCAACCUCUGCGUGGUGACCUUUGGGUCGCAGGAGGUGAAGCAGCUCUGGCUGGACACGAUGCUCCGGUAAGCUCUGCCAGGGAAUGCAACCUGCCGCCGCAAGGCUGAGAGUGGGCGAGUGCUCCCGGUGGAGCUGCACGCAGAAAGACCCAAAUGUCGGUGGGGAAAGGUGCCCCCACUGCCCAGGGCAGCUCCUGCGCAGAGCCGCGUGACUUGCUCAGCCUCGCGGUUGCAGUCAGCACCGACGCCGGGAGCUGCAGAGCGGUGCUGGCAGCCAGCGCUGCGGGAGGCUCUCGGGGGUCGGGCUGCCAGGCAGCGUGGGGCUGGCUGGCAGCAGAGAGAGCAGCGAGGGCUGGGGGUGACAGAGCUCUUCCCGUGCCCUUCCCUGUGCACAGGCAGAGCCCAGGAGCCCCAGGAGCCAGGCUCACCCGACUGCCCUCCCUGCGGCUCCUCACCAAGGUCAUUGGCUUCUACGGUCCCGAGAUGUCACUGACAGCGGCGACCGUGGAGACGCUGAUUUCGGUAGAGGCUGACGCCAAGAAAGGCCCCCGCUUGGACCCUUCCGACGGCGAAGAGGCACUUGGCCACUUGGCUGCAGAGGGAGCGAAGGCAAGAAGGCAGGUGAUCUCCUGGCCACUUGCUCGGCGAGGAACCCCUGCCAGCAGGGCCUGCCCUGUCCCAGGGCAGCUCGCCUCUGGCCCCAGGGCGGCUCUCUUUGGCCAGCCUCUGGCAGCUCUCUGCGGGCAAGACGGGGGCCUGCCCCAGCCAGUCCAGGAGCUCCUGGCUAUACUGUAUGAGAAAGGGCCUGCCACCGAGGGCAUCUUCAGGAAGGCGGCGAGCGAGAAGGCCCGCAAGGAGCUGAAGGAGGUCCUAAACCAGGGCAAGAGCGCUGACCUGGACAGCAGACCCGUGCACCUCCUGGCAGUGGUGCUGAAGGACUUUCUUCGGGAUAUCCCCUCCAAACUCCUCGCGGACAGCCUCUACGAGGAGUGGAUGCAAGCGCUGGAGAAGCCAAGCCAGCAGGACAAAAUUGACAAGCUGAAGGAGGUGGCCGACAGCCUGCCCACAGCAAACCUCCUGCUGCUGCAGCGCUUGCUCGCUGUGCUGCAUCACAUCAGCGAAAACGUGGAGACCAGCAAGAUGGACACCAGCAACCUUGCGAUCUGCGUGGGGCCAAAUAUGCUGAGCCCCUGCACGGACAACGUGCUCACGCUGGCAGAGCUGAAGGAGAGGAACGACAAGGUGACAGCCCUGGUGGCGUUCCUAAUAGACAACUGCCGAGCAAUAUUUGGGGAGGACAUCACCUUGCCCUUCAGUCCCUCGGCCCAGGAGUCACCGGAGCACACCAACAGCUCCACAGGACACCCAGGGGCUCCUCAGCAUGACGGUUCUGCCUGCAACAGCGCGGAGCCGCAAGCUGAAGGCAGCACCCCCGUGUUGGAGCUGGAGCAGCCCAAGGGCAGGAGCAGCAGUCUCCGCAGGCCCUAUCCUACCUGCGUCUCUGCCCCUUCCCUGAGCAAUUUCACCAGUGGCAUCAGCAGCAUGGACAGGUGCUUCUCAGAACCAGACCUGUCCUGCCACGACCGCCUGGAAGGCUGGGCAAGGGAGCAGGAGGCCAGCGAGAGGGAGGGCAAACUGCCAGGGCAGCAGUAACAGCUAAGGUUGCAGAAGGAGGCACUGGAACAACACCGUGCAGGAUUGCCUUCCCAGCUAUCAAACAGCUCUCUCUGCCCCAAACAGCCUCCAGCUGCUCCCUGCACAGCUCCUUGCCUCAUCUGAUGCCUCCGUCUUCCCCACUUCCACACUACUUUCACCCUCUACUCCACAAAAGACCUUUCGAAAGAGGCCCCAGGCUUUUUCCAUCAAGUGCACCGAGGACGGCAGGACACCUGGCAGAGCCAUCGGAAAGCGCUGCGUGUCAUGCUCUUUGGCAGGAAAAGGUG